UUAAAGCACUAAUUUCCCUCCCAAAUCCAAAUUAAAGAAAUGCCAUUUUCAAAGGUUUUUCAGAACUCUGCUCUGCAAUUCAGGUUUCUUUUUCAAUAUCAUAACGUUGAGUUUCUUUACUCUUCUUUCUUGCUUGUUGUUAUGCAGUAUUCUUCUAAUUUUUGUCUCAUUUUUCUUUUUUCCUUUACUGUAACUUUUUUGUUUGUUUGAUUCCAACAUUAAUAAUGCCUUCUCUUGUUAGUUGUUAAUUAUCAUGUAAUGUAUAUGUUUUGUUGUAAUGUUUGCUAUUUAUACUGUCAUCAGUAAAACUGGUUUUCAGGUAGGUUUUUUAAGUUUGUGCCUAAUUUUAUAAAUUUUUAGAUGUCUGUUUUAGCGGAAAAAAGUCCCUCCAAGAUGCUAGGGAAGAGAUCUCACACCCCAUUUAAGCGCGUAAAAGUUGAUGCUAUCCGCUAUUUUCCUAAAAAUUGCGGUCCAUUUGUUCGUCAAGGGAAUGGAAGCAGAAUUCAACGUUAUGCUGACUCUGAGACAAAGCGUGUAAAAGUCGAUAAUACGAGGAAUUUUCUUGAGAAAUGUGGCCCUCAAAUGAAAAAUGGAAGUGGUACCCAAUGCUCUGCUUGUGUUGAGAUCAAAAGUUGUUCUGAAGUUGCUAAAAAUGUGAUUGAGUCAGCUAAGCCUUUAAGUGUUUCUGCACCAAGUAAGGAAAAAGAUAUCCAAAUUGAUUUGCCACCAAUUCCUAGGCAGGCUAAAAGGGAUAAUUUGGUUGCAAAAGAGGUAGGUGAUUCAAGCCAUUUGAGAACCUCAUGUCAAUCUACUAAAGGAAAUAAAGCUUUGAAGAUGAAAGAGAAGAACCUUAUGCAUGAUGGAUCUACUCAACAACAUGAAGUCUUAGUUAAUCAUAGGUUGAAGGUCCCCAAGAAGCCAUCAAUUUAUAGAGGAAGUAGAUGUGAUUGGUUUACCAACGGUGGGCGUACUAAAAAUGCCAAUCACAGCUUGAAGGUCCCCAAAAAGCCAACAAUUUAUACAGGAAAUAGAUGUGAUUGGUUUAUGAACGGUGGGCUAAUUGAAAAUGGAUCAGAAUUGCCCGUUGUUUCUGGUCAUGGAUUGUUAAUUGAAUCCGAAUAUAUUCAGAAAGUGAAAGAAGUUAGAGAGACUUUCAAACUUUUCAAUGACCUGUAUACUAAAUGUUAUUAUCUGUAUUGCAAAAACGUUGAAACAGUAACAAAUAAUUUUUGAAAACAGGAA